GCUGCCAAAGCCAAAGAAUCGAUCGAUCGAUACGAUCAACGGGCAGCACCACCACCACCUUUGGAACCGCACCACUGACUCAGGGAGUGACCACCAUCAACCAAGUGGCCGGAAUAAGCGCAGCAGGAACAGAGGAACAAGGAACCACUGGCACAAGGGGACAACGAAAGCCAUGGGGAAGACCGCGGUGAUUAGUGCAACCGACGAGCAGGAGAUUGCCGAGACACGCGGAUCACCCAUCGCGGACCUGCUGUACGAUGUUGGAGCUCGAGCCGCAACAACGACGAUCGGUCAGUUCGUGUACCGGCGCAUCGACAACCUGCUGUGGACGGUGGAGAAAACGGCCCGUUGGUCCUUGCCCCAGCCGGGACCGGUUGCGUUGGCCACCAAACCAUCGCCGGCGGGUGAUGAGAGCGAGGAUGUGGCAGCGGGAAAUAUUUCCGGUCCACCAUUGAUACGACCUCUUCCAUGGUUGCUGUUCCUACCGGCGUUGAUCCUGUUGCGAGUGGUGCGCAGUACGUUGUCGGUGGGAUCGCGAUUGAUUGGUCAAGGACCGGUGUUGCCGGCGGGUGUGGUGAGCUUUUUGCAGAACAAGCGGCGGAAGUUGCGAGCGCUAAAGUAUCGCGGCCAGCGGUUGCAAAGGAUCGCUAAGGCUGAGCGGGAAGCGUCCGAAGAUCGGGUGACUUGGCUUGAGCGGAUUAUUCUGCCGCUGAGGACGGUUAUCUGCACGCGAGGGUAUCGUGGGUCACACGAGGAUGGCUCGGAUGUGGCGCAUGCGGUUGUGUUCCGGAAGGAGCGGAUUCCGGAGGCGAGCGAGAAGCGUGUGGGUGGAUCGAAGAAGCGAAAUCUGAACCAACGGGAAGCGGAGAGUGUGGAGGAGGAGGCCAGCAAUGAGGAGUCGUUUGAGGAUGCGAGUUGUAAGGCGUUGUUGGACAAGUACGAGGAUGAUGAGGAUUCUAGUUUCCACGUGGAAGAUGUAUCGUCUGGGAGCUCGGAUUCAAACGACAGCUCACUUUCGGAUUCCGAUCCGUCAUCGAAAAAACCAGCCCUCGAAGGGGAUAGAGUGCCACCAGCUCAACAGGCUCAGCAGCAGAAACAAAACGGAAGCCAACAGCCACCGGCUAAGGCAACGGAAGCGCCUCACAAACGCUCAGCGGAUGUGGAAAAGAACGGUGUAGAAACGCAACAACCCGCUACAAAACCUGCGGCUUCAAAAACGAUCAACGCCAGCAGCCGCUCUAAAUCGGCCGCAGAUUUGGAGAACGGAAACGCUCAAUCCGCCACCGGUGGGUCAGAAGCGAAGGGCGCAAAUGGAACAAAUCCACCCUCGACGACACCAUCGAAGAGCAUCCCGAAUUUGUCCAGCUCGCCGGAAAACAACGAAAACAAACCGAUCAAUCAGAAUGGACCGAUCGCACCCGGUGCACUUAAAUCGCCUCCCAACACGAUCCUGAAGUCUUCGACCACCACGACCGCCGGAACCAAGCAGUCCCCGAACGCGUCCAUGAGCGACGUUCGCAGCAACUUCCAGCAGCAGAAGCAACCGAAUCAAAAGCAUCAACCGGCGAGUCAGCAGGUGGUUGGCUCCGUGCAACAUCAGCAGCAACACCAGCAGCAACAGCAGUACGUUAGUAAUGGUGGGAAAAAUCGCAACAAGAAGCUCCCUGCUCAAGCGAAUCCUUAAGGAUCCCACACGCCUAUGAGCUAGUUAUAUGUGUUAUGGUUUAGGAUGUGAUUUAUGUUUUGUUUUUUUUUCUCUCUCGCUAUUGUUGUUGUUUAAAUACCCGUUUUAGCAGCGUUGUGUGUCUGAUUUCUUCUCUUUGUCUCUCUUUGCAACCCGUAAUCUCGCUUGAUGAAGCGAUCGUAAAUAAAUUUGCCGCCC